UUUUGUAGGCGGGGCAACAUGUGGUUGAAGAAUCUCAUUGAUUGAAGUCACUGGAGUUUAGUGUUAAAAUAACUUGCAGUGUGGAGUCAACUUUUAGAACGACAAUUUUUAAAGUUUUGUUUGUUUUUUUGGAAGGGGGACACAGGGCCAGCAGCGAUGUGGAUUCAGGUGCGCACCAUGGACGGGAAGGAGACCCACAGGAUCGACUCCCUGUCCAAACUCACCAAGGUUGGGGAGCUGAGGCUCAAGGUGUCGGAGCUGUUUAAGGUGGAGCCGGAGCGCCAGAGGCUGUUCUACAGGGGCAAGCAGCUGGAGGACGACCACACCUUGUUCGACUACAACGUGGGCCUGAACGACAUCGUGCAGCUGCUGGUGAGGCAGGCUCCGCCCCCGCUCGCUCUCCCCGCCCGCAAGGACAAGGAGGCGGAGCUUUCGGACUCCGACUCCGGCUGCGGGUCGGGCCAGAGCGAGUCGGACAAGAGCUCCACCCACGGCGAGGCGGAGGGCCAGCUCCCCGGGACCUCGGCCCAGUCCGACCUGCCCGACCUCGUCGACCCCGGGUUCGGCCACUACAAGAUAAAUGAGUUUGUGGAUGCCCGGGACUUGAACAUGGGCGCUUGGUUCGAGGCCCAGAUCGUCAAGGUAACGAAGGAGAUCGAGCCCCCCGGAGAGGCGGAGGGCGUGGCCUCUCGUUCUGACGAGGAGGCGGUUUUCUACCACGUCAAAUACGAAAACUACCCGGAGAACGGCGUGGUGCGGCUGCGGGGGAAGGACGUGCGCCCCCGCGCCCGCACGGUGUACCAGUGGCACCAGCUGGAGGAGGGCAUGGUGGUGAUGCUCAACUACAACCCCGACGAGCCCAAGGAGAGGGGCUACUGGUACGACGCCCAGAUCCAGAGGAAGAGAGAGACUCGCACCCUGAGGGAGAUCUACGCCAGGAUACUGCUCGGAGACGCGGGGGACUCCCUGAAUGACUGCCGCAUCGCGUUCACCACGGAGAUAUACAAGAUUGAGGAGCCGGGGAGCGCCGAGGAUUCUGGGACGGCGUCGGAGAGCCCGUUGAAAAGGUCCAACGGGCCGGAGUGUAAGCAUUGUAAGGACCACCCGCAGAAGGCCUGCCGCAUGUGCAACUGCCGCCUGUGCGGCGUGAAGCAGGACCCCGACAAGCAGCUGCUGUGCGACGAGUGCGACAUGGCCUUCCACAUCUACUGCCUGGACCCGCCCCUGCCCGCCAUCCCCGCCGACGAGGACUGGUACUGUCCCGAGUGCAGGAAUGACGUGAGCGAGGUGGUCCUGGCCGGGGAGAAGCUGAAGGAGAGCAAGAAGAAAGCCAAGAUGGCGUCCGCGAGCUCGUCCAGCCAGAGGGACUGGGGGAAGGGCAUGGCGUGCGUGGGCCGCACGAAGCAGUGCACCAUCGUCCCGUCCAACCACCACGGCCCCGUUCCCGGCGUUCCCGUGGGAACGCUGUGGAAGUUCCGCGUGCAGGUCAGCGAGUCGGGGGUGCACAGGCCCCACGUGGCUGGGAUCCACGGGCGGAGCAGCGAAGGGGCGUACUCCCUGGUGCUGGCGGGGGGGUACGAGGACGACGUGGAUUAUGGGAAUGAGUUCACCUACACGGGCUCUGGUGGGCGGGACCUGUCGGGUAACAAGAGGACCGCUGAGCAGUCAUGUGACCAGAAGCUGACCAAUAUGAACAGGGCGCUGGCGCUGAACUGCAGCGCGCCGCUGAGUGAGAAGGACGGGGCCGAGGCGCGGAACUGGAAGGCCGGGAAGCCCGUCAGGGUGGUGCGCAGCUCCAAGGGCCGCAAGCACAGCAAGUACUGCCCUGAGGACGGAAACCGCUACGACGGCAUCUACAAGGUGGCGAAGUACUGGCCGGAGAAGGGCAAGUCUGGCUUCCUGGUGUGGCGGUACCUGCUGAAACGCAAUGAUGAGGAGCCCGCCCCCUGGACCCGGGAGGGGAAAGAGAGGAUCAAGAAACUGGGCCUUACUAUGCAGUAUCCCGAGGGUUACCUGGAGGCGAUCGCUGCGAAGGAGAAGGAGAAGGAGAACAAGGAGGAAUCGGAGGCGGCGACGGAUUCGCCCGCCAAGGGCAGCAGGAAGAGGAAGUCGCACACCGAAACCGAGAAGCCCCCGCCAGCCAAGACCCCACCCAAGAAGACGAAGGUCGAGGCCUACAAGCUGACCCGAGAGCAGAAGGCCCUGAUCAAGGGGGAUGAGCUCAAUAAGAAGCUGUGGGGCGAAGCCAUGGAGUCUCUGAAGCUCGGCCCGAGAUUCCUGAACAAAGUUGAAGAGGUCUUCUUGUGUAUCUGCUGCCAGGAAGUGGUGUAUCAGCCAAUCACCACAGAGUGCCAACACAAUGUCUGCAGGGAAUGCCUCCAGCGGUCGUUCAAGGCGGAAGUGUACACCUGCCCGGCCUGCAGGAGCGACCUGGGCAAGACCUACGCCAUGAGCGUCAACAAGCCCCUGCAAGCCAUUCUCAGCCAGUUCUUCCCUGGCUACAGCAAUGGCCGAUGAUGGCUCUGCCAUUUCCUUUGUAAUUUGCUGCUGCAUCCCGCCUACCCCCCCCCCCCGCCAUGGAAUCUUGGAUGGUAAUACAGCAAUACCAUAGGAGAACAACUUUUACCAUCAGGCUGUUCGAUGGCUUUUGGCCUCCCUUUUUAGAAAUUAUUAUUAUUUUUUUUUUUUUUGGAGGAGGGGUUAUGUGAAGAACAUUGUUGAGGCCUUUGGUCACAACAUAGGUUUAUAAAGGAAAGAUAUGGGUCCUCUUUAAAAUGAAGCCAUGCAUUUUCUCUCUUAUUUUUGGGGGGGGCGGGGGGCAGGGGAGGGUGUUAUGUAGAUUGUUUAUCCCUCUGUCUACUCUGAGGUCCAGGAGAAUGUUCUGACAAAGACACUGGACACGUUGCCUGCUCAGAAGUAGUUUAACUAGUUGUUUCAUUAUAAUUCACCAAGUGUCCUGCACUUGUUCCCAUAACCGAUUGAUCUGCCUGCAGUAGGUAUCCUGUUAAAUGUGUCCAUUAAAACUGGGAGCAAAAGGGGUAGCAAGAUUUUUAAUUUUAUAAAUGUAACCGACUUUAGCUCUAAAGCAGGCAGUCAUUGUUUUAAAAAUUGUUGAAACUUAGUUAUGGACAUUUUGGGCCAUAUUGUGUAUUUUCUGUUUCCAUGUUCUCAUUAACUGCUGUAUCGGUGCAGUUCCCUCUUGUUGUAUUUGGGGGGGGAAAUGUGGAUAAAAUUCAUAACUUUUUUCCAAGAGCCUUAAAGCUCUUCAGCAGGUUAUUAUAUUAUAAUAAUUUUCUUUUUUUUUUUGGAUGAUCAUGACUCUCUAGCAUUUAAUACUGUUGCUAUAAAGUAGCAAUGGACUCGGCUGUAAUCUGUUCAUCAUUUAAAAAUUAUUUUUAUAGCCCAUUGGGAAACUGAUUUUAAUUUUAAAAUUUAAUCUGAUUAAAAAAAAUUUUUUUUAAUUUUUUAUUUUUUUAUUUUUUUUACAGUGCAUAUUUUUGAAAGAACUCUUGUCAUUUUCACUUCAUUCCCUGUUCAGUUCCCUACUCACGGUCACAAACACGAAGGCUGCUGGUGUUUUUUUUAUUUUUACAAUACCUCAAAUGUUGCCAUAAACAGACUGGAACUUUUGUAUAUUUUCAUAUUGUAUAUUUGUAGUAUUAAUUUGUUUUUUUAUAGCCGUUUUAUCUUAUGUAGCUAUGGUUUUAUAUAAAUGUAUAUAAACUGCUUUUUAAUUGCAGUAAUGUUUCAUCUAUAAUUGUCAGAUAAACAAAGAAUUGAUAAAACUAAAAUGAAAAUUUAAACCAUUUUUUGUAUCAUUGAGCUAUACAAUGCAAUUCACAAGACAAUGUAAUAAAGUUUGUAUUAAACAUG